GAAGGCACGUCUAGAAGGAGGCGGAGGAUGCCAGGCACAUGUCAUAGCCGGAUUCCAGGCAGCUCUCCCACCCUGCACUGUGUUGUCUUCUAGCAGAAGGAGGGAGUUCAGGCCGCCCGGACACAGCGGUGCUCAGGAGGCUGUCACACGUCUGCAGGACACAGUUCAGUUGGAUGAUACAACCUUUAUCUACAACACAAUCACAAGGGGAAAGUGAAGUGUCUGGAGCCUGGCCAAGCAGCAUGUGAUCUAUAAAAAAAUACUGUUGUUUCCACAAGUUAUGGAGAGUCGCACAGGGAAGUGAGAGGAAUUGUUCUGGCUGACACACAGUUGUACAAUGUGGUGGUCUCAGAGGGGGACAUCGAUGGUUCCAAGAAACUAUUAUAUUAGCACCUGAACGACCACAACAUACAGGGAUAUACAAGAGAUGUAGAUCCAUUUAAGUGAUGAGAAGAGAGGGAAGUUGUCAUUCUUAUCACACUCAAGAUGAACCUGCAGACAGGUGACACCGACCACUUUGGUUCUCGCGGCUCGUUGCAUGACGCCCAUUCCAUUACCAGUGCUGAGUUUGUGGCCAGGCUUGAAUCUUAUGAGAGCUCAGGGAAGAAAAGUAUAUCUGAUGUCAGAAGAACCUUCUGCCUCUUUGCCACGUUUGAUGUCUUGUUUGUCACUUUGCUGUGGAUCAUAGAACUAAAUGCAAAUCCUAAUCUUAUUGAGGCCUUGAAGAAAGAAGUUUUACAAUAUGACUACUACUUUUCAUUUUUUGACAUAUUUUUGCUAUCAUUCUAUCGGUUCAUUGUGCUUAUUGCGGCAUAUGCAAUUUUCAAACUACGCCACUGGUGGGCAGUAGCAUUCACAACCGCAACAACUUGUGCCUUCUUGAUAGCAAAAGUAAUUUUAUCUAAGUUAUUUUAUCAAGGUGCUUUUGGAUAUGUACUUCCUAUCGUGUCCUUUAUCUUGGCCUGGAUAGAAGCAUGGUUUCUGGAUUUUAAAGUUUUACCCCAAGAAGCAGAAAUGGAAAACCGACGUUUAAUGAUACAAAGUGUUCGUGAACAAGCUCCUCUUUUGCAACCUGGACCAAUAUCAGAUGGACAAUUCUAUUCACCCCCUGAAUCUCCUGCAGAAUCUGAUGAGGAAGCUGAUGAGAAACAAGACAGUGAAAAGCUUUUGGUGUAAGAUUAUCAAGGAAUAUGUUCUUAUUGCACGAAUGAAAUUGGUAAGAGGCAACAGCGAUGAAUCUUCAUCAGCUCAUCUAGCAGAGCGCGAUAUGCAGAUGAAUAAAAAUGAGAUGUAGUCAUGCAGCUGAUUACACUUCACAGAUGCUGCUGUUCUGAAAGGCAAAAUGGCUGCUAAGCUUGACGCCUUGAACACUGAAGUCAACAUGGGCUGCAGGUAGCCAUCUUCAUCAAUGACAACUUUGCUGCAUACUUUGAUUAUUGGCACUGUAAUGACUCUUGCUGCUUUGUGCUGUCACUGUUGUCCUGGAGGAGAUAGUUCACUGGAACCGAAGAUCGAUCUCUAUGCUGGUAUCUACUGUCUGAUAUUCCUGUGCCUUUGUGUUUAUUAUAAUGCUGGCUCCCAUGCCAACCUAAAAACAGAUUGUUUUGUGACAUGCAGCUAUGGAAUGGUGAUUUUUAUACUACUUUGUCUAUAUGUUUACUGCUUGUGAAGCUCAGUUAAGAUUGGCAUAAUGUGAAUAUUUGGUAGGUAUAGUGUCUGCUGCGCUUGGACAUUAUCAAAUGUGAUUCGCAGAGUUUUUAAAAGUGCAGUGUCCACAAGGGCCUUCCCACUAGCUAAAGAAUAGCUUGCAUUAGUACUUCCUUCAGUAAACCUCCCUUUACCUAGCUGCUGUAUUUAUGACAUACUUAUUCAUGUGUUCCUCAAACCUAUUUACAUUUUCUAAGUUCUUUUGA